CUAGCAAUUGGUCGCGAAUUUCGCAAACAUUUAAUUUGCUGUGAUAAGAAUGAUAAAUACGGCCAAAUGCUUUGCUCUUUUAGAGAGUUUAAAGUUUAAUAAGGCACUAGCAAAUAAGGCAAAUAACAACUCAGAGACACCCGCCGCCUUGAGAAACAACCUUUUAAUUCUAGAAAAAUAUGCCAAACUGGAGAUUGACCAACAGUUGCAUGAGUUAUGCGAAGUAUACGUGUUAACAGCAAAACAGGAAGCCAGUAUUGUUCCCGGAGAAGAACCCACAAUAUCCUAUAUUGUGAGACUGCAACAUGUGCUUCAUUCCAUCACGAGGAAUAUAAACUUCCAUAGCGACGCCAAGGAGGAUCUGAUAUCAGUGGCACACCUUAAACUGUGCAUCCAGGCCACCCAGGAGUUGUCCUACUAUUCGCUUCGAUGCCAGCUGCAUAAGGAUUUCUACAAGUCGCCCAUUUUCCAUGAGGCCCAAGGAAAGGUCAAGGCGAAUUCUUCCCUGCUGCUCUUGAGCAUUCAGUUCUUCGUAAAUCUACUGCCUAUCCGUCAGUUUCACUUAGCGAACUCUAUGGAGCUGGUUCAAAGGGAUCUCCUGGCGGCCAUUAUGAGUCUACGUGUGGAGGAGGACUCCGAGCAUCUGGAAAAGGCAAUAUCCUAUCUCUGGCAACAAGAAUCCAAAGCGGAUUUCUUCCGACACAUCUUGCUCUUGAAAGCAACCCCUCUCUGCACCCCUCUGGCUAACAUAUUGCACCAUCAACUCCUCGGAAAGCUAAACUCACCCCAUGGAUUUUCUAGCUUUGUAGAUGCGCUGCAACAAACUCCUAAUGUGAGUCCUACAAGAAAUGCGGAAAUUGUGGCCAGCAUUGUGGCUAGGAAAGGUUUCUUUCAACUUGCGCAAGAGAAGAUGAUCCUCCAGGUGCUAGAGUAUUGUAAAUUCUACCUCCAGGACCCGGACAAAAUGUGUGCCGGUGUCUUAUCCCUCAGAAGGCUAUACAACUUAAAUAACACAAACCAGAAGCAAAUAGAGAAGACAUUAUCCAAACAUUGGGAAAAUCUUAUAAACCCAGAAGAUGUUAUUAGUGGCCUUAUCCUGAUGGAACACCAUGAACUCUGCAAUCGCAUCCUCUUGUGGCAGCAUCUUUUCUGCUCCUCCAGCGUGGCUUGUUUACCCAGUAACCUACUAAUUCCUUACCUCCCCCUGCUCCUCCAACUUUACGAUGGCCUACCAUUAGAGCUACCAGCAACAUCGCAGCUUUCUGGGAUUAUUUCACGUUGUUUAGAUAAUAGAGAACGGGAAAAGGAACUGGCAGAAGUUCUUCAAAGACUUUUUAAGUGGGAAGUCCAAGAAGAGCCUCCUUGGAAAAGCUUACACCCGCGAAUUCUUAUUCUGCCUUCCUCGAACAUCAAUGAAAUUCAGGUUAAAGUGGCCCAUAAAGAUCACCAAGUGGAUCACGAAAUGGGCAGGAUUUUGCCCGGAAUGCUUUUAUCGAGCUCUCAUCUUGCCCUUACGUGCAAUGUUUUCCUUGCGCUUUUGGGUUUUAUGGGAAACCAGUUGAAGCAGAAGUCUGCAGCCGGCGUUGAUUUUAUCUCUUCGGAAACGGAGCUCAAGGACUUUUUGCACUCCAAGUAUCAACUAAAACUAGACUUGCUCAUCGCGCUGAACCAAAUGGUCGCUCACCAACCGUUGAGAGCACAGCUCGCCCUGCACACCAAGGAGUUCCUGCGUAUACUAAAAGAUUUGUUGGUCCAUCAGUCUGGUCAACAGGAGACCAUGGACCAUAUUCUGCUCAUUGUCCUAAAUCUUUUGCAGGAACUCCUCGAGGGCAGUGAAGAUCUUCAGCUCUCCGAAGGCACUAAAGAACUGAAGGAGCAAUUGCAGCAGUUGGGUUUACAAUCCUCUAACCCUCUCGUCCAGCAAUCAGUAAAAUCCUUACUUACUAUUAUUCAAGGAGCUUGGCGACCAAGUGAGGCAAUCAAGAUGCAACCAUUUCAAAAAGCUCGAUCCCUGAUAGAGGAAAAGCAAUCCCAUUUGCAAGUGUAUGGCAUUCAAAUGAUGAUCGAAUUGCUCAAGAAAAAAAAUCCCGCGGUCAUGUCACAGGGUCAUCUUAUUAUAGCCUUGGCCCUGACCACCCUGAAGGAUAAGGAAUCGUACACUUUCCUCAAUUGUGUUCGGCUUUUUGUGUCGUUAGUUCAUGUAAUGGAGUCCGAAGUGCUGGACAAGCUGAGUGACGAGUACUUGUCAGAGACGGCUGAGUUGGACUACCGACUAGUUGUGGGGGAAGCUGUUUUGAAAGUCGCUCAGGAGCUAGGUCCACUUUGCUAUCGAUACAAAGUUGUUUUGCUCAACUGCUUUAUGCACGGCUCACGCUCUCCCCUUCACGAAUUUCGGAUGUCAGCGUUCGCCAAUCUCGCGCAGCUUUGUCGCCUGUUGGCCUAUCAGGUGCAGAACUUCUUCCAGGAGCUACUUCAACUGGUAAAUAACGAACUUAGCACCGGAAGCUUUGUGCCCGCUAAGCGAGCAGCUGUCUUGGUAUUAGCUGAACUGUUAAAUGGCAUGGACAACCUACUGGACUACCAGGACAUGCUUCUUCCCAUUUAUCGCCUCCUACGAGCCAUCGAGUCAGAGGAGUCCUGUGAUCCACAAAUGCGUCAGCAUGCGGCGAAUGGCCUUAAAAUAUUAAACGAGAAGUGCCGAAAACUUAUUCAAUCCAGCUUGGAGGAGAAUUCGUUACAAAAACAGAUUAAGGUGCUGGGCAUCAGGGACGAAGUCUCACCUCAAAGAAAAAACCGUCAUAUCCUCGAACUGAAUUAAAGGUUAGCGUAUACAAUUUUAAAAUUUGUAAUUCUAUUGCAUACAAAAUAGUUUAACUUUAUAAUUUACAAGACGAAAUGCGAAAUAGAUCAGUGCGAUACUGACACCAUAAAGGCA